AUGACCUGGGGUCACUGUGUGGUCCUGCUCUUGCUGGUGGCAGCCACUCUGGGGCCAGGGCUGGGCCUGGACCAGCAGCCACAGCCCGAGCCCGGUCUCCCAGGCCUGCAGCACAGCUACGACUGUGGGGUCCAAGGCAUGCAGCUGCUGGUGCUCCCCAGACAGGACCGGGCCGUCCGCUUUAAGGUGGUGGAUGAAUUUGGAAACCAGUUUGAUGUGAACAACUGUUCCAUCUGCUACCACUGGAUCACCUCCAAGCCCCAGGGGGCUGUGGUCUUCUCUGCUGAUUACAAAGGCUGCCACAUGCUGGAGAAGGAUGGGCGUUCCCACCUGAGGGUGAUGAUAGAAGCCCUGCUGCCUGAUGGCCGAGUUGAUGCAGUACAAGAUGCCACUCUGAUCUGUCCUAAGCCCGACGGCUCCUGGACUCCGGACUCCCACCUGGUGCCACCCACCACGUCCAUACUUUCUACUCCUCACACUCUUCCCCCCGACUCCACCUCCAGCCACCCCUCCCCUGACUCCAGCCACACCCUUCCAAGUCUGCUAUACCCAGAUCACAGCUCCAUCCAUCCAACUCCGGCCUCGUCAUUCCUGGGACCUGGACCGAUGAGCCCCACCCUGGCUCGAUCCCAGAGGAGCACCCGGGAACAUGGGGAUAUUGACAAACUAGCUUACGUAGGUACCCAUCUGACCCAGGAGCAGUGCACAGUGGCCUCUGGGCACAUCCCCUGCACAGUGAGAAGAAAUUCAAAGGAAGCCUGUCAGCAGGCUGGUUGCUGCUAUGACAACACAAGAGAGAUUCCAUGUUACUAUGGCAACACAGCUACUGUCCAGUGCUUCAGAGAUGGCCACCUCGUCCUAGUGGUAUCCCAAGAAACAGCCUUGGCACACAGGAUCACGUUGGCCCGUGUCCACUUGGCCUAUGCUCCCACCAGCUGUCCCCCAGCCCAGAAGACAGACGCUUUUGUGGUCUUCCAAUUUCCUCUCACCCACUGUGGCACCACAGUCCAGGUGGCUGGCAACCAGCUCAUCUAUGAGAAUGAGCUGGCAUCUGACAUCGAUGUCCAGAUAGGACCCCGGGGCUCCGUCACAUGGGACAGCACCUUCCGGCUUCACGUCCGCUGUAUCUUCAACGCCAGUGACUUCCUGCCCAUCCAGGCAUCUGUCUUCCCGCCCCCACCACCUGGUGCCGUGACCCAGUCUGGUCCCCUGCAGCUUGAGCUUCGGAUCGCUAAGGAUGAGAGCUUUAGCUCCUUCUACAAGGAGGACGACUACCCCGUCUCCAAGCUGCUCCGAGAGCCAGUCUACGUGGAGGUCCGGAUCCGGCAGAGGACAGACCCUGGCCUGGUCCUGAUGCUGCACCAGUGCUGGGCCACACCCAGUACCAACCCCUUCCAGCAGCCUCAGUGGCCCAUCCUGUCUGAUGGGUGUCCCUUCGAGGGUGACGGUUACAGAACCCAACUGAUGGCCUCGGACGGGGCACUGUCCUUCCCGUCUCACCACCAGCGCUUCACUGUGGCCGCUUUUGCCUUUCUGGACAAGGGCUCCCACGGGGCCCUCAGGGGACCGGUCUACCUCUUCUGCAGUGCAUCUGCCUGCUACCCCUCAGGGCUGGAGACGUGCUCGACUACGUGUAGCCCAGGGACUGCCAGACGGCGACGGUUCUUGGGUCACCACCACGACACUGCCAGGCCCCAGGACAUCGUGAGUUCUCCAGGGCCGGUGGGCUUUGAGGAUGCUCGUAGGCAGGAGCCUACUAUGGCGCCCACAGGCUCCACCAGGAACUCUACCUCCAAGCUUCUCCUCUGGGUGGUCCUUUUGCUGUUGGCUGUUGCCCUGGUCCUGGGGGUCAGCAUCUUCGUGGGACUGAGCCAGGCCUGGGCCCAGAAGCUCCAGGAGACAGCAAAGGGUGAACAAGCUCAAUAA